UUUUGAAAAGUAUCCGCAAGGGAGGGCGAGGUUGAGAUUCUCAGUUCCUUCUUUGUUUGUGCUGUUGGAUAUAAAUUACUUUUCAAGUUAUUUAGUUUGGCCAGCCAUACACGCCAUCGAUUAGUCUGCUGCAGGUCAUUGCCCGAUAUUGUUCAAACGACAUCAUGUGGAACCAAAGUGAAGACAGUCCAGUUGCAGAGUCUGAGUGGGAGGGCGACUGUUAUUUUUCCUCGGACGACGAUGAGGAUGGUGAAGACAUUCAGUUUGCUAUCUUGGCAAGACAAAGGGACGAGGCCAAUCAGAGGCUGUCUGACUUGGAACAAGUGUCCUCCCAGCUGCUGCAGGAGAUGGAUGUCCUGGAGACGCAGUUCCAGGUGGAGCGCUCCUGCAGGGAGAAUGCCCAGGCCCUGGCUGUCAAGGUGACCAGAGAGAACAGGGUCCUGAAGAGGAGGAGCCAGAUGAUGAUGCCUCUUAUCGAGGAGCUGCCUGAGCAAAUGGCGGAUGGGGUGAUGAUGGCCGACCCCCUGGCGGACGCAGCGGAGGAGGGUCUGGAGGAGGACGGCAGCGGUGAGGCGGACGCCGGUCUGCACAGCCAGGCCAAGAUGGACGAGCUCCAGGCCAUGGUAGUAGACAGCCUCCUGUCUGAGAAGAUGGGUUUGGAGAAACUGGUCAGCAGUCUGAACGCAGAGAUGACCCUGCUGAAGGAACAGCUAGAGGUGGAGGUGAAGGAGAAGGAGGCCAUCUUAAAUAAAAUGAACAAGCAGAGCAAGACCAUGAACAAGAUGAAACGAGUCUCCCAGCUGGUGACGGAGGAGUUCUCUGAGAUGUCUCAGCAGCUGGAACUGGAGCAGGGGCUGCGCCAGCACGCUGAGGUCCUCGCCCACCAGGUGUUGGUGGAGGACCAGGAGAUCCAGAGGAGGAACCAGCAGCUGAAGGACAACUCGGAGACCAGCAAGCAGCUCCUGCACACCCUGGGGAUGGUCUCCACCAUCAGCAUGACGCUACGGGACAUACAGCUCCACUACCACAACCAAAGCCACGGUGUGAUAAGGGAGAGUAUGGUCCUGUCCGAGCUGAAGACCCUCCGAAUGGAGCAGGAGAUGAAGGAGAGGGAGAGGAGGAGCCUGGAGGUCCAGCUGACGGAGGCUCGGGACACCAUCCAGCAUCUCCAGAGAGAAGUGUACCACUUGAAGCAGGCAUUGAAAGAAGAGCAGGAAAAAGGCAGACAAGCAGGGGAGAACUCCCUUUCAGCUCGUCCUCCUCCUCCACUGGCGUGUCCUCCUCCUCCUCCACUGGCGUGUCCUCCUCCUCCUCCACUGGGGUGUCCUCCUCCUCCUCCACUGGCGUGUCCUCCUCCUCCUCCACUGGGGUGUCCUCCUCCUCCUCCUCCUCCUCCUCCUCCUCCACCACCUCCUCCACCACCUCCUCCACCACCAGCUCCUUGUCCGUCUGACAUCAACAUCAACCCACUUGAUGCCAUACGGGAAAGGAAGAAGAAAGGAGCAUCAGAAGUGAAUAAUCAGAAAAAAGCAGCAGCUCUGGGGGACCUGAAGGGCCGAGCGGUGGACGAGAUGAUGGACAGGAUCAAGAAGGGCAUCAUCCUCAGGCCCUCCGUCAAACCCCCGCCGGUCCCUCAAAGCGACGAGAGCUCCUGGGAGGACUCAAGGAGUGAGAAAAGGAAAUCUGCAGUUCUUGAGUUGAAAGGAAUGCUGGACACCAUGAGACUCAAGGAUCAGCAGCGAGCGGCCUCCAGUCACAGGAGGAUGCAGCGGAACGUGGGCUCGCCGGAGCUGAUGCGGGUGCUCCAGAGGAGGAGGCGGGCCAUCGGAGAAGGUGGCGACGGGCAAUUCGCCACUCAAACAGGCCAAUCAGGCGCCUCCAAAUGCGUGGUUAUUUGUUUUUGUUUUUGUGUGGCACCGCAUAGUUGCACUGGGCCCAGUUUCCCGAUAACGAUGGAUCUUUGCUCGUACGAUCAUUCUCACGAUGGAUCUUUCGAACCAUUGUUAAUUUCUUUGGAGCGUUUCCCAAAACUCCUCUUAACAUGAACGCGCAUUCGCUGCACUCACGACGUUCGUAGGAUUGUACCUGUCCACUGACAUGGUGCAGAAACAGGCUAUGAGUGCAAUAAUAUGAAUGCUAAAGAUACUAAAACACAAUUGAUCAGUCCUAAUCCUGAACGCACUGUGCAUACAUUUAUUCACGGCAUUUCCCCCCCUGAAAUAAUUCCAUAUUACAAAAAUCCAAAAUAGCUUGUGUGACCAAUACAUUUAUCUUAAUGUGCUGAUUUCUGAAACAUACUUUGCGCAGCAAGAGAGCCGACUUUAUCUGAUUCCGCAUAAGGUUUCAUUGAUUGGCUCUCUAGUAUAGAAUAUUUGUAGACAUUAAAAAUGCAACGUUCCAUUCAUUCAUUAUCAUUCAAACACGGCUAUCGCUGACCCGAUUAGGAGAGCUUGGUCUAGAUCCUGCCCAUAUUAUUGGGCAGGAUGAAGUACGCUAUAGGCAGGGUUCGAGUUAUGAUUCCAUUGCGCUGAAUUUUGAUGUGGGGCGGGGGGGGGAUAUAGGACGUUAUUAUGAAACGGCUCUUCUCAAUGCCGUGGAACCUUCCGUUCACUUGCAUGGGCCCUUCACAGCAACGCCAGCUUCUUCGGUUGCUAAGCAACGUCAACGUCUUUGGCUAUCUAUUUCUCUGCUGAUCAACACUACAUAUGUUAACAAAUAAAUUUUAAAAAGUCACCUUGCGAAGUUAUUUUUUCGUUUGGCAAGUAGCCGCUCAUAAUCUAAAAUAAGCCCCUUCAGGUCGCAGCACCUCCGUUUAGCGUCGGUGUCCGGUUUGCCCUGUCUGGGCUUAUUUUCCCGAUAAUGAACAGCGUUUUAUUAUCCCACUUAACGUCAAUAUUACUCUGCAUGUGGAAGGGAAAAUAGCUUUAUUUGUAAUUACAAUAUUAUGCUGCUGUAUUUUCCGUAUUUUCACAGAUAUUUGAGUUUACAUGCUUUCAUGGGAGCCAGACCUCUCUCUAUGGGAGCUCAGCUCCCAAUGGCUCCCACCUAACUCGAACCCUGGCUAUAGGUCUUUUUACACUUAAUUUAUUCAUUCAUAUGAACUAGUAUUGCUAUUUUAUUAUCAUGAUGAUUAUCAUCAUUUUGUCAUUAAUAAGCCUUAUUAUUGUUUAACACAGAAAGAGGAAACCUAAUAUUGCUAUUAUGUACAUAGUAUUAGUAUCUAUAUCUGUAUAAGGAUUGCCGGAUCACCAUUUCAGAAUCAUAAAUCCCUUCUACCACUUCUGUCCUCCACCUUAAUCUGCACCCCGGUGUGGUCUGUUUGGCCCCCAGACUCCCAGGCAUCCCACCCGUGGAGCCCAGCGUCUGGAGCUGCUGCCUGGGGGGAAGAGGACGGCGGAGCCCCCGUGCUCCGGAGGCUCAGACAGAACCGGGAGAAGAGGGACUCCCGCAUCCGAGCGUCAACAGUGGUCCUUGGCGACGACUUCCAAGAGCCCCCCAAGGGAGACGACCCGACAAAGGAGGAGGGGAAAUAAGGACGACAUGGAGCCAAGAGAUAAACAAUACGAGUUUGAAUCGAGUGAUCGUUAAUUUUUUUAUUGACUAUUGACUAUUCAGUUCUCUUUUAUCGGAUGCUUUUGUCCAAAGGAAUUAACAGUGAAAUCAGAAGCGUGUCGUUAAGGAGCAGGUUAGAGGUUGGGGAGGCAUCUUGCUCCUUGGGGAUCGAACCCAGUACCUUUUCGUAGGUUGGGAAUAUAACAUCCUAGCCAGUACACCACCCUCCUUCCCCACAAGUCUAAUGUGCAACCAAAACCAAGCAUGUGUUUGUUUAAUUGUUCUGUGUAAAUGCAUAAAUAUCAAGAAAAUAUAGAAUAUUAGCCAAUAGGUUUGGUUGAUAGUCAUUUCCCUACCCAGAAGUUCUUGCAGGCAGCUCUUGACCCAGGUAGGAGUUCAGCUGUCCAAAGGUUCCUUCAAACUGUAACCGAAACCAAACCCAACUUCUCAUCAGAAUUCCACAUUUCACAUCCACAUUUUCUCCAUUCAAAGCGAAGCAGCGACUUAACGCGCCUUACAAACACCUUUUCGCCUGACCCACUCCAGAAAGACACGUCAGGAAGGGUCAAUAAAAUAUAGAUGCGUGAGAAUACUUAUACCCCA